AUGACCGCCGUCGACACCAGACAGCACAGACACCCACAUGUUACGGAACACAGGCACCCUCCCUUACUCCCAACAAUCUCGGAGGAAUCACGCUCCUCUUCACCCCGGCAGUCCAAGCCCGACUGGCCAUGGGACAGCGACGACGAAGAGUACAUCGAGAACGCUCCACCACAGACGGACGCCCACGCACGCCUAGGCUGGGAGAUUGCCGAGUACCGCGAGCGCAGGCACCUGGGCGAUUCUGACGCGCCCGACGACGAGCUGUACGCUGUCCCUGCUGAGACUUUACCAAACGUACGAACACCCACGAUUCUCGUAACCCCCCCGCCUGCGAGACCCCGAAUCUCGCCUUUCGAGUGGGAUUCGCCUUCACCACGUUUCGAGCCCGGUCUCCAAUUUGGCGAGUGGGGCGAUUGGGGACAGAGUGCCGGUGGGAGUCGUGGACUGUCCCCGAAUCUCGAGGCUGUGUCGCCUCGCUCGGCCAAGUUCGACUUGUCUGCGCCCCUAUGUGGUGAGGGCAUGCCCUCGCUUGCCACACCCCUUCGUUCCUCACACGAGCGGCGCUUCUCUAACCCAUCACUCCGCCAGCCACGCUUCUCCGAUCCCGAUGAGUGGUAUUCCUGUCAUUCUAGCGGUGGGUCAUUCGGCAUGCUGGAUGUUCAACGGCGCAGCGUCGACGUCCAGGCCAUCGCAUGCUGGAGACUCGACGUGUUCGAGGAGUGUGGGGGAUGGCCAGGGAGGGCUGCGCCCGUCGGCGUGCUUGAGAGUUAUGGCGGUUCUGCGGUCAAGGGUGAAGGCGUAACUGGGCGCAUAGGCGGCGAGGAGGGGUCAGUAAGAGCCAAGGGCGUACGUGAGUAG